UCUAAACCCUACCAUCCUCUCUCUCCCUCCCUCCCCUUCUCCUCUUCCUACAGUCGCCGCCGCCGGCAGCCGCAUCGCGCCCCGCGAAGCCGCGCGUCUACUCCGCCGCGGCGCCGCCGCACGCCUGCUCCGCCGCGGUGGCCGCGCCGCGCGCUCCUGCCGUCUGCGGCGCCCCUGCUUUGCCGCACCCCUGCUUUGCCUGCUCCGCGCGCCGCACGGCUUGCUCCGUCGCCGUUGAUGUUCAACAUUGAAAAAUACUAUUUCAACAUUUUCAAAUUACUAUUUCAACAUUUUCGAAAUAGUUGUUCAACAUUUUUGAAAAUCUGCUUCAACAUUUUUUUAGUGAAAUGUUGAACGGGCCAUCAGCUGAGCUUUGGUGGGUUUGGUGGGCUUUAGAGAUGAGUUACUCAGAACCCCUGCCGGGCGGGCAGAUCUGUUAGCAUUUGUCGCUGGUCCAACGAGUCAAGGAAAGCAGGGCCGAGCGCCACCGCGGCGUCGGAGGGGAGGACGACGGCGAGGAACCCCGGCGUCGGCGUCGGCGUCGGGAUGGGGGACGGGCGGGCGGGCGGCGCCAACCGCCCGGCGUGGCUGCAGCAGUACGAGCUGGUGGGGAAGAUCGGCGAGGGGACCUACGGCCUCGUCUUCCUCGCGCGCCUCAAGCCGGCCCACCCGGCGCCCGGCCGGCGCGGGCCCCCUAUCGCCAUCAAGAAGUUCAAGCAGUCCAAGGAGGGGGACGGGGUAUCGCCCACCGCGAUCAGGGAGAUUAUGCUCCUGCGCGAGAUCAACCACGAGAAUGUCGUCAAGCUCGUCAACGUCCACAUCAACCACGCCGACAUGUCCCUCUACCUCGCAUUCGAUUACGCGGAGCAUGACCUCUAUGAGAUUAUCAGGCAUCACAGGGAGAAGCUAAACGCCUCCAUUAACACCUACACUGUAAAAUCCUUGCUGUGGCAACUGCUCAACGGCCUCAACUAUCUUCACAGCAAUUGGAUUAUCCAUCGAGAUCUCAAGCCUUCUAACAUAUUGGUCAUGGGAGAAGGAGAAGAACAUGGAGUUAUAAAGAUUGCUGAUUUUGGGCUUGCUAGGAUAUAUCAAGCUCCGCUGAAAGCAUUGUGUGACAAUGGGGUCGUUGUAACUAUCUGGUAUCGUGCUCCUGAGCUAUUACUUGGGGCUAAACACUACACAAGCGCUGUUGAUAUGUGGGCAGUUGGUUGCAUUUUUGCUGAAUUGCUGACCCUGAAACCACUGUUCCAAGGUGUCGAAGCCAAAAAUACCCCAAACCCAUUCCAACUUGAUCAACUGGACAAGAUUUUUAAGGUCUUAGGCCACCCUACACUUGAAAAAUGGCCUACCCUUGCCAAUCUUCCAUGGUGGCAAAAUGACCAGCAACACAUUCAGGGCCAUAAAUAUGAGAACCCAGUUCUCCAUAACAUUGUUCACUUGCCACAGAAGAGUCCUGCAUUUGAUCUUCUCUCAAAAAUGCUUGAGUAUGAUCCUCGAAAGCGUAUAACAGCUGCACAAGCUCUGGAGCAUGAGUACUUUCGGAUGGACCCACUACCUGGAAGAAACGCGCUUUUACCAUCCCAGCCAGGGGAGAAAAUUGUGCAAUAUCCUGUUCGUCCAGUAGACACUACAACAGAUUUUGAAGGAACAACAAGCCUUCAACCAACUCAGCCGCCUUCCGGGAAUGCGGCUCAAGGUCAAUCUGUACCGAGAUCAAUGCCGCGACAAAUGCCGCAGCAACCCAUGGUUGGGAUGCCAAGAGUAGCAGCUGGUACAAACAUGGCUGCCUUCAAUGCCGCAUCGCAGGCUGGCAUGGCUGGCCUUAAUCCUGGUAACAUCCCUAUGCAGAGAGGCGCAGGUGGCCAGUCUCAUCCGCACCAGUUGAGACGGAAGGCUGACCAAGGGAUGAUGCAAAACCCUGGGUAUCCUCAGCAGAAGAGGCGGUUCUGACGCUGACAAGGGAGGGCCAUCUACUGACUGAUGUGUAACACUCUGUUGUUGUGUCAUGUAUAUCACGUCGGCUGUGUAAUCUUGUUGUAAUUUGUUAUCAGCAUUUGUAUGCAAAUGCUGAUACUUGUAAAACAUGGAAUCAAUCGAGAUACUAGCCGUUCUAGCGACCUAAGCUGCUUCAAUCUGGCUGCUUUAGUUUACAAUAUAAAGAUCCUGUUUGGUUUGUGACCCA